AUGCCUCGAUCGAUGAUAUCGCUGAAUCAAGUGCAGAUGCUGGUGCCGGGCGAGAAGUGGUCCUUCACAGUGAAUCGCAGGAAGUACGAGUUUUGUCCUGUGCCAGCGACGCCGUGCACAUCCUUCCUGACACUCAAUCUGCGGCCUGAGGGAUUGCUUCGAUGGCCUGCGACGUCUAGGGCAACAAUUCCAUAUCCCAGGGCAUCGACAGAGGAUGAAGCUGAGAGUGAUCUAGGUCGACAAGAUGGGAUGGAAGAAGAUCCACGUCCGAAGGGAGACAUUGCUGGAGCCGCCGCCGACGACGCGGUGACAGCCGACGAAUCGGCGCUACAGCCGGACCAUCCAGCGGCUAUUGCGCCUGAACUGCAAAGCCCCGAAGCCACUGAGACUUCGGCCGAGAAGCCGCUCGAAGCGGCGGCUAUUGGCAGCCCGACGCCGGGGCGUCUGGCGUCUGUCGUGCCUGAGGCGCCCAAUGAUGACGCUCCUCGACAGACGCCCAGAAAUGGCAGGAAUAAAGUCGCGGGGAAGCCUAAUCGCCGCCUACACACUUUGACGCAUCGUCAACACCGCGAAGCAAAGUCUAUCCUCAAACCCGAUCGUUCUGCCGGCAUCAGGAAGUCGAAGCCCGCGAGAGGCAGGCGCAGAUCCGUCGCCGUCGACCCAGAAGUGCAUGUCCACUUCAUCAACGAGACUCCUCCUGGCUCACACCACUCCAACGGAGAGAAUGAGUCCCCAGUAGCCUCCUCUGACAACGACUCGGCGAUCGACUCUGACGGCGACGAGGACAUGUCUGACCCCUCUGCUCCUGCAAAGGAGAAACGCCCCAACCUCAAAAUCAGCUUCUCUCGCAAACCCUCAGCCCAAGCAGGGGGGAUACAACCUGCGCCUGUGCAAACGCCUGUGCCUCAGAGCGCGACAGCGAGGACACCCAGCAUCAAGCUCAAACUUCCAGGCAAAAGCACUCCACUCCCUGUAGCCGACGAUGGCGCCAAGCCGAAGAAGAACAAGAAAAAGAACGCGGCGGAUACCAUCGAGAUCGCUCCCGGGUCGAACAAGAAGCGAAAGCGCGAAUCCGUAAAAGAGGAGGACGAUGAUGAAGGUGGCCGACCUGCUCCGUCACAACCGGGUAAACCUCCCACGAUCCGCACGCUCAAGUUCAAGACGCCGUCUCAGACGGCGCAGACACCGGCACCCAAGGCGACGGGACCCGCAAACCUGCUUUUCAAGGUCAAGGGCAAAAUCCCCAAGCGGACUCCCGGCGUGGGCUACGACUCGGAACUCGAGAGCGAGUAUGAGAACGACAAGAAUCAGAUGGCCGUCGGUCGCGAAAAGGACCCGGUCAUACACGAAGGCUUCAUCCUGCGCAUGCAGCCUGGCGAAGAUUGCGAUUACCUGCGCAAGUCGAUCGAAGACGGCAAGGCAGGCGAGAUCCUUUCCAAAGGCGGUGCGGCGAUCAACUUGAGGAUGCUAGAUACGCUGGGCAGGAGAGGGAUCCUGCAGAUCAAGGAUCACAAGUAUGCCACCUCCUUGGUGGAUCUGCCAUGCAUCCUUGAGGGCAUGAAGUCUUGGGACAAGAAAGGCUGGAUUAAGAGUAUCGACAUCUGCCAGAUGCUGCUGGUGCUGGGCCGAUGCAAGGACGAACAAGAAGCGAGGAACUAUCCUUUGCCUGAGGAUGUUGACCCCAAGUCAUAUCAAUAUGCCCACGGCAUCACCGCGCCGAUGAAGUGGGUUCGCAAGAGGCGGUUUGCACGGACCAAAAGAGCGCGCGUGGACGACAUCGAGGCCGUCGAACGGAGGGUGCAUGCCCUACUCGAGGCCGACAAGGCGGCAGUCAACACCAAGUACCAGCUUCUGGACCACGACCCGCGCCUCGACGAGCACGGAUACAGCACUGACCUGGAGGAGGGGGAGGAGGGCGAGGAAGAUGACGAGGACGAGGACGCGGAAGCUGAACCGGACAACUACUUCGGCUAUCAUCCCGGAGCUUAUAACGUAUCAACACCCAUGGUUACGGAGACACCCGUGCAGGAGGAGAUCGACCAGGACGACUUCGCCGCACUUGAGCGCAUGUUCUACGACGAGGAUAAGGGCCCGGCAGCAGAACCCACGGCGCAAGCUCCGAACACACUACACCCUCCAGAAGUGGGAGGGGACUCUUCCUUCGCCGUCACCAGCACGAGCGCCACCCCGUCCGCCACGGCCGAGCACACGCCCGCCGGCGAAGCUUCCUCGGACGAGGAUGAAGACGACGCGGGCGACGAAGACGAAGACCGCGACGAUGCCGAGAAGGAAGGCGACGAAAGCAAGCGUCAAGCGCUCGAGAGGAUCGACGACAUGACCAACAAGAUUGCCGAACAGCGAGAGUUGCUGAAGAAGACUACCAACGCGAUUCUGAAGAAGAAGCUCGCUAGGAGGAUCCAGGACCUGGAGGACGACGUGGCGAUGAUGCGGAAGAAUGCGGGCUUGGGUGGGACCGAAGAUGAUGAGUGA